AAACCCUGGGUUCCAGGAGGAAGAGACCCUGAACCUCUUCCCAUCAAUGGCGAUGCACCGCCGCCGGUUGCUGGCACUCCCAAGCAACCUAAGUUCCCAUUCUAUAGCCCCAGCCCACUGCCGAGUUCGUAUAAGAACUCUCCGGCCAAUUCCAGUGUGACCUCAACUCCUCUCCGCUUUCUCAAGCGCCCUUUCCCUCCUCCGUCUCCGGCCAAGCAUAUCAAGGCCCUGCUUGCUCGCCGGCACGGCUCUGUCAAGCCCAAUGAGGCCUCCAUUCCUGAGGGUUGUGAGGCUGAGCUUGGCUUGGAUAAGAGCUUUGGAUUUUCCAAGCAGUUCUCUUCCAAAUAUGAGCUUGGUGAGGAGGUUGGCAGGGGCCAUUUUGGCUACACUUGCUCUGCCAAGACCAAGAAGGGGGACAUGAAAGGUGAGGAACUUGCUGUCAAGGUUAUCCCCAAAGCCAAGAUGACGACAGCGAUCGCUAUCGAAGAUGUAAGGAGAGAAGUUAGAAUAUUGAGUGCUCUGAGUGGGCAUAAGAAUUUAGUGCACUUUUACGAUGCUUGUGAAGAUGAGGACAAUGUGUACAUAGUUAUGGAGUUAUGCAAAGGAGGUGAACUAUUAAACCGGAUCCUUUCAAGGGGUGGAAAAUACUCUGAGGAAGAUGCUAAGGUUGUGAUUGUCCAGAUUUUGAGUGUCGUAGCCUUUUGUCAUCUUCAAGGAGUUGUUCACCGUGACCUAAAACCAGAGAAUUUUCUUUUUACUUCCAAGGAUGAGAAUUCUGACUUGAAAGUUAUAGAUUUCGGCUUGUCAGACUUUGUCAAGCCAGAUGAAAGACUAAAUGAUAUUGUGGGAAGCGCGUAUUAUGUUGCUCCUGAGGUUCUUCAUCGAUCUUAUGGUACUGAGGGAGACAUGUGGAGUAUUGGUGUGAUUGCAUACAUUUUGCUCUGCGGAAGCCGCCCGUUUUGGGCGAGGACUGAAUCAGGUAUAUUUCGAGCUGUCCUGAAGGCAGAGCCGAACUUUGAAGAAGCACCUUGGCCUACGCUAUCAGCCCAGGCUAAAGAUUUCGUCAAGCGGUUGCUGAACAAAGAUUGUCGCAAGAGAAUGACUGCUGCUCAAGCUCUCAGUCAUCCUUGGCUCGAAAAUCAUCACGAUAUUAAGAUUCCAAUUGACAUUGUAAUUUAUAAGCAUGUAAAAGCUUAUAUAUGUUCUUCGUCCUUAAGAAAAGCAGCAUUGAGGGUAAUGAUCAAUAAUUAA